CGAGCAGCUUGCUACUCGCGAGGACGUUGUGUCCUCUCUUUUGGACUUGAGCAUGCUCCAGGCUCGUCAGGAGCGACUCACCCUCCAUGUCGUUGCACUGCCUCGCCUUCUCGCCAUCCUCUUUGACCCUCAUCGCACCCCCCCGAUCAUCCCAGUACGACUCAGGACCUUCACGAGGGUGUACUCAGCGCUGUGGGACUCCGGUUCUCAGGGCGACUUCAUUCACCCACGUGUGGUGAAGGAAGCCCGCUUACCCACGACAGGGUCUCCGACUCCCAUCUCCGUUACCCUAGGGGAUGACAAGACCCAGCGCUUCUUCGAUCAGACGGUCACCAACCUCCCCUUCUUCCUCACUCUCGAGCCGACUGAUCGCUCCUCGGCGUCUCGUCGCCACCGCUCCUUUGCACAUUUCGAUGUGAUGGAGACGUGGUUCGACUUCAUUCUCGGCACUCCGUGGUCUUGUCGGUUCCGCAGCACCGAUGCCGAUUGGGCAACCAAUACUCUCGUUCUCAAAACGAAGUGUGGACAGACGAAUCGCGUACCUUUCAUAGGUACCACGACGACACCACGCCCCGAUCCUCCUCUCCCGGAGCCUUCAGUGCCCACAUCAUCUCCCUCUAUCACGAUCAUCUCGCCUCGGCAGUUGGCUCACUUCAUUCGACAGGACGACGUCACCUUCUUUAUGGUGGACGUGACGGAUCUCUUACACUAUGAUCCGCCCUGUCCCGACGCCGAGCUCAUCCCUCUGGAGCCAGAUCCUCCCUUUAUCUCCAUGGCUCCCAUCUCUACUUCCGUCCCUCCGUCGUCCGUCAAGUCCACCCCGCCGUCGCGCGCUGACGCUGACGCUGAGGAACUCGCACGAUAUACGGCGGACCUGGAGCCCGCAGUUCGCAACCGCUUCUUUACGAAGAUUGAUCUUCGUAGCGGUUACCAUCAGAUCCGCGUCGCUGCAGCCGACCAGCAAAAGACCGCGUUCCGAUCACGAUUCGACCACUACGAGUUCACGUUGAUGCCAUUCGGCCUCACCAACGCACCCGCUACCUUCCAGAGCGCGAUGAAUGAUAUCUUCAGGGACAUCUUGGAGCAGUACGUUCUCGUCUACCUCGAUGAUAUCCUGGUUUAUAGUCGUACCCUUGAGGAGCACCUCAAACACCUCCGCGACGUCCUUGACCGCUUGCGCAGACAUGGCUUCUACGCCAAGCURAGCAAGUGCCGCUUUGCCCAGCACAAAGUGGAUUUCUUAGGACACUACGUGUCUGACCAGGGUCUCCACAUGGACGACGCGAAGAUCACUCCUAUUGCGGAGUGGCCCGCUCCCACAUCCGCCAAGCAGCUUCGCAGCAUCCUAGGCCUGACCAUCUACUAUAGUAACUUCAUCCGGGGAUACGCUAGGUAUUCCUACGUCCUUACCUCCAACCUCCUCCGGAAGAACCCACCCUGGGCUUGGACACCCCUCCACAAGGACGCCUUCCGCGCCCUCAAGAAGGCGGUGACAUGCGCACCGGUUCUUCACCUACCCGAUUUUGACCGCCCUUUUAUCCUUACCACCGAUGCGUCAGACUUCGCUGUAGGAGCAGUGCUUUCUCAGGUCUCCCCCUCAUCUCCUGAUUCCUCUCAUCCUCAUAUCCCUCGCUUCCCACCACCUACCCCUACCACUGCUUCCCAACUGACGCCUACUCGUCCAGCUACUGACGAGCCUUCUAUUGACUAUUCUCCUACCAUCGCCGAGGACGGCACUGUCGAGUCUCGCUCAGGUGAUUGUGUGAUAGCCUUCUACUCCCGUCAGCUCCUGCCCGCCGAGAUAAACUACACUGCUGAUGAUCGCGAGCUGCGUGUCCGAGCAGUAGCAGAGUUCCAUGACCAGGCAGCCGCCGGUUAUAUGGGCUUCCACAAGACGUUGGCUCGUGUGAGCCGCCUGUACGUCUGGCCAAAGCGCAAGGACUUUGUGAAGGACUACGUCGCAGAGUGUCCCACUUGUCAGGAGGUGAACAGUGCGAACCACUUGCCUUAUGGUUUGCUCCAGCCUCUUCCUAUCCCUGAGGGUCGUUGGCAGUCCAUCUCGAUGGACUUUAUUGGUCCCCUUCGUCCUCCGACCCCUCGCGGUCAUGAUGUUAUCCUGGUCGUCGUCGAUCGCUUCACGAAGCAUGCACGUUUUGUUCCGUGCCGCUAUGCCAUCAGUGCACGUGAGGUCGCCGACAUCGUGUUUGACCGAGUCGUGCGUGACCACGGCUUACCUCUGAGCAUCAUAUCUGACCGUGACCCGCGCUUUACCAGCCGAUUCUGGCGACGGUUCCACGAGAUAUACGGCACUCAGCUCCGCUUCUCCUCGUCUUACCAUCCUCAGACUGAUGGUCAGACCAAGAUCACGAACAAGACUCUCAGAGAUAUUCUUCGAAAGAUUGUUCGUGACGACCAACAGUGGAAUCUUCAUCUUGCCCAUGCGGAGAUAGCCUACAACCACGCCGUCUCGUCAGCCACGGGGAUGUUGCUUUACUAUUGCGACCUCGGCUAUCACCCUCGUGUUCCCGUGGACUUUCUUCGACUGUCACAAAUGCACCCCAACACGAGUUGUCCCGCGCUGGAUGAUUGGGUUGCUCACAUGAUGUCGAUCAUGAAGACCGCACAUGAGCACAUAGCCGCUUCCCUGACUCACAUGGGUGCAAGUGUGAACCGAUCGAGGAUGGACCAUCCAUUCAAAGUCGGUGAUGAUGUGCUUAUCGACGCCCGCCACUUACAGCUCGAAGCGGACACGCUUCGCAAGUUUCGACGUCGCUUCUUUGACCCAUGCGGCAUCGUCCAGGCCGUCGGUUCUGAUACGGCAUUUAGCCCGGUCAGCUUUCGUGUGAAGCUGCCCGACUACCUACGCCAGGCUCGUGUGCAUGAUGUCUACCAUGUCUCGUUACUACGUCCUUACCGCAGACCGUCUGAGCGUUUCGUUGGACGACCAUACGAGCGCCCUCCACCCCUCAUGGUGGACGACCACGAGGAAUUCCUCGUUUCAGACAUCAUUAGUCGCCGAGUCACCGACGACAACCCUCCUCACGUCGAGUAUCUCGUACGUUGGACGGGUUACCCUGAUGAGGAGGCCACCUGGGAGCCCCUCGAGCACUUGCAGCACGCUCGCAUGUUGGUGCGUGCCUAUGACCGUGCUCGUUGUGCUGGGUUCACUGCUCCUUCUCAACCCACUGACCCUCCUCCUUCUCCUCCGGCUGAGGAGACCGCUGAAGUCGAGCCUACUCCAUCUGAGGCAAACCUUCAGCAGCAGCCGGAUGCUUCUGASCGUCCACAGCGCACUCGUCGUCGUCCUGCUCGAUACGACGAUUGACUCUGACUUACCUUCCCACGUCCUUGACUUCUCAGUACUCCAUCCACUCCAGUUUUGCUACUUCGGCUUAUCGACGUUG